AGUUUAACAGCAUACUGGGGUUUUGUAGACAUACAAAGCAACAUAAAAAUACCCCAAACCAAUCAUUUACUUGUGGAGUUCCUGAUUGUACACGGUCUUUCAGGAAAUUUAGCGCUUGCAAGUCUCAUAUAUACAGAGACCACAGGGACUAUCAUAGGAUUACUAAUGUUAGAGGUUUACAAUUUAAUUUAUCAGACUCUAUCACUUGCCACAUUGAAGGUUGUCAGUCAGAGUUCCAAGACCUAAAAGGUCUCAUUUCACAUCUGAAGGGGCAUAUACAAGAGGGUAGAACAAUUGGUUGUCCUUUUAGAGAAUGUAGCAAAACAUUCCAUGUGAAAUCCACAUUUGCUUCUCAUAUAUCUAGAACACAUAAGAACACUUCAGCCGAUCAACUUGUUACACUAGGGCCAGCCUUAGGUAGUGACCACACAGGUGAGACUAGUAGUCAGUCGUUUGACAUUCACAAUGAUGGUGAAGAAAGCGAGUCAGGUGGGCAGCAGGAUAUAUUUGAUGUUGAUGAAACACUCUACCUUAAAAAUCUGGCACUGUUUUAUUUGAAGCUUCAGGCUAAGCUGUUAUUACCAGCUUCUGUAAUUCAAACAAUUUUUGAAGAAUUCCAGGAUGUUCAUGAUGUUGAACAAUGCCAUAUGUUUGGAAUAUUAACUGAGAAGUUGACCUCGCUAGGCAUGUCAGAAAGCACGAUCAAACCAGUAAUUGAAGAACUUAAAACAGAAAGUCUGCUAACACGCUUUAACUGCCUUUUCAAAACAGAUCAACGGCGUAAGACCAUCUUUAAAAACAGUUUCCAAUAUGUUGAACCAUUACGAGUAUAUCUAGGUUUAACUGAUGCAGGAAAAGUAGCCUAUGCCCAAUAUGUUCCAAUACAAGAAACACUUCUUGCUCUCUUUAAAAAUGAGUCUAUGAAGCAACAGUAUGAUGAAGUGCGUAAUCGUGUGACUAAUGGUGGUGUUAUGCAGGACAUUUGGGAUGGAGAGGUUGUGUCCAAACACUUUUUAUUCCAGUCUGACAGGUCAUCUUUAGCUUUAAUACUCUAUCAAGAUUCAUUUGAGGUGGUGAAUCCACUGGGAUCAGGGAAAAAAAAGCACAAGGUGCUAGCUGUGUACCUAACCCUGGGUAAUAUUUCGCCAUGGUACAGAUCAAAUAUUGAUCAUAUGCAGCUUGUUCUUUUGUGUAGAGAACAGGACUUCAAGACAUUUGGACAGGAGUUAGUCUUCAGUCCUUUGAUAAAGGAUCUGAACAACUUGGAAGAUAAUGGCAUUGUGAAAGAUGGCAGUGUUCUUAGAGGUGGUCUGUGUGCCAUAGCUGGAGACAAUCUGGGCUCUCAUAACAUUGGAGGCUUUGUAGAAAAUUUCAGUCGAAGUGAAUAUUUUUGUCGGUUCUGUGAUAUUAGCAGAAAUGAAUUUGAAUCAAACCCUUUGUCAACUGCUACCUCCAGAACUGUUGAGAAUUAUCAAGAAACUCUGCAAAACUUUCAAAACAGAGAAAGAACUGACAAGAACAAUGAAAAGGGUAUCAAAUAUGAUUCAAUUUUUAAUCAGCUUCAGUACUUUCAUGUGUGUCUGCCUGGAUUGCCGCCUUGCUUGGGUCAUGAUCUCUUUGAGGGUGUUGUUUCCUUUGAUAUGGCAUUGUUGAUUAAUCAGUUAGUGGUUCAGGAAAAACAUUUUACCCAUUUAGAGUUAAACAGGGCAAUUGAUCACUUGCAGUUUCUUGGUAAUGACGCUAAUGAUAAGCCACCAGAAAUAAAUUCAGGCAAUGAAAAAUUAUCCGGACAUGCUGUCCAGAACUGGUGCCUUUUAAGAGUGCUACCUUUGCUAGUGGGGAACAAAUUACAGAGCCUGGCCGAGAGUAAGAUAUGGCAUCUGGUUCUGCUCCUUCGAAAAAUUGUUGCAUACAUAUGUGCUCCUGCUAUAACUGCAGAUCAGGUGGCAUAUUUGCAAAUUCUAAUCGAAGAGUACAUUUCUGACAGAGCUGAAUCCUUUCCUCAGAAGCCCUUGAGACCAAAACACCACUACCUGUGCCAUUAUCCAGAGCUGAUCUUGAAGUUUGGGCCACUAAUACGUCUUUGGACCUUGAGGUUUGAGAGUAAACACACUUAUUUUAAACAGUGUGCUCGAAAAUUGCAUAAUUUCAAGAAUUUGUGUUCCACCUUAGCAGAAAGGCAUCAGCUUCUGCAAGCCUACUUGAGUGCAGGCAACAUCUUUCCUCCUUUGAUUCGCAAUGACAAAGGAGAUGAAUUUCAUUCGAAUGAUUACAACUCAGAAAUUGUAACUGCAGUAUCUCAAUUCAAUUUUUCUCCCAAUAACACUUGUGCUACGAAUGAUGUCACCUUCAAAGGCACUAAGUACAGAAAGGGACUCCAUGUGAUCAUUGGAAAGGAAGAGGAUGUAUUGCUUGUUGGGGAAAUCAAACUGAUUCUGAUUCACACUCAGUCUGAAGUUUACUUUGUUGUAAAGAAAUAUCAGACACAUCUGGAAGUUAAUUUGGGUGUAUAUUCAGUGCAUGACUUAGAACAGGGCUCCCACUUUGUUUGUCUUAGAUAUGAAGAACUGCUUGAUUAUUAUCCCUUGCCAGUCUAUAAAGUGAAUGAUAUGUCAGUGCUCAUCCUUCACCACUCUUUCCCUUCUUUAUAGAGCCAUGACUCAAGAAAUAAAGGAGGCAAUCCUGCAGGUAUUACCUACAUUAGCAGAGGAUACCCUGUCUUUGCUGCUGACCAGACUUAACAGCAUUGGCGUGGACCGCAAGUCGGAUUUGCAAUAUGUGAAGGAGGAGGAUCUGUCAGAACAUCUUCGACCUAUAGAAUCGCGAAAACUGCUAAACAAAUGGAGCACCGAUGGGCAGCUGAGGUGUGCUGAAAAUUUACAAAGUGACAAUUCACAAUCAGACUCCACACGUAGUCCAUGCAGACUGGAUUCAUCCUCCUCAUCCUUCUCAUCCAGCCCAACCAGCACAAAUAGCAGCACCAGCACAGUCGACAUAGACUCUUGGCCAGACUGUUUUAAAGUUCCUUGGGGCAAAAUGCCUCAUGCCAUAUCAAUGGCUGUGCAUUCACAAAAGCGCCCAGCUCCAAGAGACCGAAGAGAAAUGGUCCGGAUCAUAGUAGAUGAAAUGAGGGUGAUUGAAGCCAAUCCUUCUAGAUCUGAUUGCUUUUCUGUUGCUAAGAAAAUAGUUAGACAGUAUCCCAAGAGCUUUGCCGAUGUCUUGAAAGAUGGCACUAAAAUUGGAAGUGGAUAUGCUUCCCUUGUCAAUCAGAUUAAAUCCAGGGUUGAACACCUGAAUAGGGACAAUGUUACAGCAAGACGCCGGAGAGGAAAAACACUGCCAAGCUCAUCCACCACCAAGAGCACCAAAGGACCAUCAGAUCAAUAUGGGUGUAUCAGUUGGCAGCCUGAGUGUCCUACUGGGGAAACUGAAGACAGCCUUAAGGGGAAAAAAGAACAAAUGCAAGAGAUGUUUUCAAGAGAAGGUCCAGUGGGGGGAGAGAGAGGAUGUGUCGACCAGCUAAUGCAUGUUACAUACUACCUGCAACGUAAGUCUAUCAACGCAAGUCCACCUCACACAAUUGCUGAGCUUAGAAAAGAUUGGCCAUAUCUCUUCACUCAGAAAGGCCUCUACAGUCACUUUCAGCAUCUUACAGACAUACCCAUCCUGGAAAAAAUGGAGGGAGCAAUUGCAGAAAAGGGAAAGAUGAUCCUCCAGUUUUAUCGCCAAAAGCCAACAAACUCGGAGGUGAAGCAGGUCCUGUCCAUGUUUGAGGCCAGUGGGUCUACCAUAGUUGGACCUUGUGUUAUCCUGUGCUUAAUGGCACACUUCAAAGAGAACCCAGAUGGACUACUGUUACAAGUUGAUGAAACAGCCACUCCUGCAGACGUGGAGAGAUUGCCUUUACCAGAUGCUCCCAGAUUAGUUAUUCAAGGGAACAAAUUUGUUUCCAACAAAUGGAUGCUAACCAUCGAAAAACAAGUGGUGAUGACUCCACAUUCAAGCUUCACUGCAGGCCUGGCCACUUUGUUUGCAACCUUAUAUACCUUCAAUUUGGAGUACCAAGAGGAGGCUUCAUGUGUCCUUGAAUUCAUCCAAAGGUGCUUUGUGGGAAUCAACCCAGACACCGGCUCCAAGGCUUCAAGUGGAAAGAAAAAACGUCACACAAUCAAUGUAAAAGUCUGCACUCUUUUACGCAAGCUCAUGGACUUUGACUGGCUUGGUUUUUAGGCACUCUCUCAUUUUCUAAAUGUUUUUUCCAGGCGUUUAUUGCUUUUGGUAACAUUCAUCUUGUUUUAAAAAUCCACUCAUGGACUUUGACUGGCUUGGUUUUUAGGCACUCACAAUGUUUUUCCAAUGUUCAAUUUUCAGAUGUUUAUUGCUUUUGCUAACAUUCAGCAUUCUUGUUUUAAAAAUCCACAUAAUGUUUUGUCAUUGUAAGUGACCAACCCCAGAAUGUUUGUCCGGUUUGUGGUGUAUUGGCUGCGCUAAAAGCCCUAUUGGCGGCAGGAAAAACAAUGAGAAAAUUUGGUACAACAUAGACCGAAUUAGUGGCCCGCCAGAUAAAGCUAGGACACUUUCCUUAAGUUUCACUCAAAGUGCCCCAUCAGGUUAGCGUUAGCUACCGGGCCAUUAUUUCGGUCUAUGUUGUCCCAAAUAAUAGUGAAAUUAUGCUGAGUGAGUUGAAUGAAUGGCAUUCUUUUGCUACAUUCAAAAUAAAGUUGGAAGUUUAACUCUGAA